AUGGUUUUUUUCUAUGCUCGUUAUUGUCCCUAUUCAAAACGAACAAUAUCUGGUCUUCGUCAAUGGGCACGAACAAAUAAAGAUCGUAUUAUUUUAUAUGAAGCUGAUGUUGAACAAGCAUUAAAAUUAGUUGAAUAUUAUCAUAUUCAAAUAAUUCCAACUGUUUUAGUAUUUAAUGAAAAUAAUCUUUUCAUUCCAAUUUGGCAACGAACAGCAACAAAUGUUUUAUCAUCUGAUUUACAAUUACCAAUAGAUCAAUUUCAAUUAAAUGAAAAUAAUAAAAAUAUUUCAAAUGAUAAUAAACAAUUUAAAGAAAUCUUUCGAGAAAAAUUAGAUAAUUCAAAUAAUGUUUUUUUUAUUUUUGAUCCAUUACUUCAAGAAUCAAAUUGUAUGUUUAAAAUAUUUGAAACAUUAAAUAAAAAUAAACAAGAACAAUAUUUAAUUAUUCUUGAUAAUAAACAAUCAAUGAAAAAUAAAUCAAAAUUAAUAUUAGCAAUAACAAAUGAAAAAGAUCAAACUGAAUUUUUGAAAGCCAUUGAUCAAUCUAAUUCUGAUAAUAAUUGGAAAACAAAAUCAAUAACAUCAUCUCAACAAAGUCCUUAUAUUUGGAAUAGAUCAAUUCAAAAUAUAGAAAACGAUAGUCAACAAUCAUCAAAACAAUUAACUACUGAAGAAAUAAAUGAAUAUAAUGGAAGAAUAAUAUCAAAAUCUUCAAUAAAUACAACAUUUACUAAUGAUCAAUCAAAAAAAAAUGAAAUAUACAAUGAAUCUAUUGAUAAUAAUAUAGAAAUAAUUCCAUUAACAUCAGAUCAAUAUCAACAACAUAUUCAUUUAUCAAAUUCGAAUGAAAUUUUUUAUGAAAAACAAUAUGAUAAUAUAAAUAAUUUUAAUUAUUCAUCAUCAUUUGAUCGAUUUAGUACAUUAACAUAUCAACAUGUUAAAGAUACAAAUUAUUUUUUAAACAAUCAACAAGAAGAAAUAUGUAUUUUAUAUUUAGGUCCAAAUCGAUAUCGAGGUUUUGAAGAUAAUUUACAUAAUGAAAUUCAUUCUUCAAAAUUAUCACUUUUAACUCUUAAAUCACAUUCAUUAUUUGAAUAA